CAAGUAAUUUAACAACCGGUUCUCUGCCCUAAUGAUUUCUUCCAACAACCAGUUUGCCAAACUACUCGGAAAGUUAACAACCGGUUCUCCCGAAGUGGUGCAAACUGGCUGAAUCCCACCACUGAGGAGACCCUACACCAUUUCUGACAGAUGGCAGUCUAGUCAAUAGAAUUGAAUUGAAUUGAAUUGAAUUGAAUUGAUUUUUUUAUUGGCCACGUGCGAUUGGACCCACAAGGAAUUUAUCUUGGUGCAUACGCUCUCCGUGUACAUAAAAGAAAAGAUACAUUCAUCAAGAAUCAUAAGGUACUACACUUAAUGAUAGUCAUCGGGUACAAAGCUUCUUGAAAGCUUCCAGUGAUGAAGGUCCCACAACGUCCGAAGGCAACUUCUGUUCCAUCGGUUGAUUGUUCUCACUGUCAGAAAAUUCCUCCUUAUUUCCAGGUUGACACUCUCCUUGAUCAGUUUCCGUCCAUUUAUUCCUUGGCAGGAACGUUGAGUUGCUGGUAGUCAGCUCGUGUGGGAGAAGGGCGAGAGGAACAAAUACAAUAACGAAAUAGUUUUAAAACCUAUUUGGGUCAUGGGCAACGUUUGUGGAUGACUCUUUGAUGGGACCUAACCCUCUCGGAAUGCUGCAGAAUUAACAUUUUUAUCAACUGGAAAUGGAAUAUAGCGAAUGACGCAAGAGUUGUGGCUUUCUCCAUCUUUUCAAGAUCACGAGAAGUGUGAGAAUAAGCAACAUCCAACUAUUGGCAAAUAAGCCCCAGAUUGUGUGGGCAGAGGGAGAUGGGAAAGUGGCACCACUUUUGCUGACCCACUCAGUCAUUUUUUUGUUGCUUUUCUGCUUUGCUUGGGAAGAAGAAAACCCUUUGCAACAUUGCCAACCUCAUUCCAGAUGCUUCCACUUCAGAGCAGCAGCCGGAAACCAAAAUAUGACCUUGGCUCGCUUGUUGCUUGUUCGCAUUCCUGCUCCCUCUCCAGGCUGCUGAGCUCCUUCAUCUUUCAUUGAAAAACCAGCCCUUCGGCCCUCCGAAGCCCAGUCUUUGCAUGUGGUUUUUUUCCACUGCUUUUCACCAGCAGAAAAGAAAGUGUCAGCCUGCUGAUCUGAUUCGACCUAACAAGCUCUAGAUCGCCCAGCACAGAACAUAAUUGGGAAGUUGGAAGACUUCAAUGCCAGCCUUUGUCCUGGGUGGAUAAGAGAUCGGAAAGAAACUGGAGUUUCCUCUUAGAACUGGCAUUGUUCUGCAAAGCCGCUGAACUCACAAUGGAUUCAGGAUCUAUGCCGCCUUUGUUUCACUUCCCUUACCAAAACUAACAAAAGGAUCCUUCGAGACCCCAGACUUGUGGAGAAUGGACCAUUCUGUGAAUGGCACCCUAGCCGAGAAGCACAGCCCCAUAGAUUACGGAGUCCAGAUCCGGUUCAUCGAUGACCUGAAGGAGCCCAGGAAAUCCCAAAAAGUCCGCACCAAGGCAGCCAAGCCGGGUUCCUACGGUGUCGCGGUGCGAGUUCAGGGUAUCGACGGUCAACCUUUCGUGGUCCUGAACAGCGGCGAAAAAGGAGGCGAUUCCUUCGGGGUACAGAUCAAAGGAGGAAACAAAUAUGGAAGGCCAGCUCAGAACCAGACUUCUGAGGAGACCUUUCCGGGCUCUCCCAGGACGGGGUCUUCCUCCAAGGACAUUUCGGGGUCCAUCAGCUCCGACUCGGAUCUUCCCGAAAAUCCUUACGGGGUGAAACCUUCUCGAUACGGAUCUCAGUACAGCACCUCGGACGAGGAACCGGGUCUCCAACGAGUGCCCCAAGCGGAUAGCUUGGAUGGGAUUCGCGUGUCUCGUAGCAACCAUGCCUCUGCUGCCCAUGGUGGCUAUCGGACCCUGCCCCACAAAAAAUCCAUGGGGCAACAGCACCUGCGGCGCACUCAGUCCCACAGUUCUUUGCUUGAUCCUGAGCCAAGCGAUCCUCAAGAGACGAGCCACUCUCGAACUCAUAACUCGGGUUGUAUUUCCCAGUCCUCCCCUUCAGGCAUCCCAGAAAGGGGUACUGGUGCCCGUAAUCCCUCUCCCCCCAGGCUCCCCAACCGUAGGGAACCCACAGCCACUAACUUCUCUGGUUUGCGACCGGUCCCCAAGCCCGUGUCCUCAGACACGGACUCGCCUGAGAUGACCCAAUCGGUACGGACCAACAACGGCGACAUCGACACGAAGCCUCUGUCCUCCGUGGACUCCUUGAUCCACAAAUUUGAUGGAAAGGCUCCCCCGAGGGGCCGAGCUUCCCGCAGGACCCGGGCCUCCCCCGAGAGCCAUCAGCGCUCACGGAGCCUCGACGGGAGGAGCGCUUACCACGAUACGGCCGACGGCCGAGAACGAGAGAUCGACAGGCAUCAUCAUCCAGGACAUUUGAAAGAGGUAGCGCAAUCCUCGGCGACUAAGCCGCUCAUUUCGGCCAACGCCCCGGGCAGCCGGGGAGCCUCUGCUCAAGCAAUGAAGGAGAAGGAAGUAGACAAAUCUAAGAUGAUCCAGGAUUGGGUCAACAAGAGUCUGGAGGAGCCCGGGACGGAAAAACAGACGAGAAAAAUCCAGUCUGAUUUGCAGCUGAAGUCCACCCCAGACCUUCUGAGGGACCAGCAGGAAGUGGCCCAGCCGGGAAGCAGCGAAUACACCAAGGAACUCAUCUACAGCAUCCUGAAGGACAGGAGCAAUGAAAGUGAUGCCACAGCGAAGCGCAAAACCAACCUGAUCUUUGAGAAAAUCCAGGCGUUUGCGGCCGUCCCUUCAUCCGAGCUGAGAGGAUCCGGUGCGGAGGUGACCAAACCGAAGCUGAGUGUGGACGAAUCGGACAGCCGGACCAAGGCGGCCCAGGGUCUCCCUCGCAACCUCCAAAUCCGGCUGCAGGAACUGGAGGAAGAAUGCCAGCGACUCCGGGAAGCCUUUGAGAAGAAGAGCCAGGAGCUCCAGAGCAUGGGGAAAGAGUUGAGAGACGUCCGAGCGGUCAAGGAGCAGUUGGAAGCCAAGCUGACCGACCUCGAAGACCAACUGAGCGAGAUGCAGAAGGCCCUGGAUCGCUUUCAAGAGCUCUCCUCGGGCAGCCCAGAUCAGGAUGCCUUGCUGAAGGAGCUUCUGGAGACCCGCGAAGACCUGGAGGAGAUCUUGACCGCCAAGCAGAAGCAGGAAGACCAGCUCCGCCAGAGGGAACGCGAGUUGACGGCUCUGAAGGGGGCUCUGAAGGAGGAGGUGGCCAGCCACGACAAGGAGCUGGAUCGGGUCCGGCAACAGUACCAGCAGGACAUGGAGCAGUUGAGACGUAACAUGGACGACGUGUCUCAGGAUCAAGCCAGUCUGGAGGCCGAGAGACAGAAGGUCAACUCUCUAGUGAGGACCCUCCAGACGGAGCUUCAAGAAAGCCAAGAGGAGGCCGCUCACUGGAAGGAAGUGUCCCAACGAAACAAGGAGGAGCUCCGUAGUGUCAAACAAGAGCUGCUGCAGGUUAAGGUGGAACGGGAGGAGUUUGAGGAGGAUCUGAAGGAGAGCCGCGAGCGUUUUGCAGCCGUGCGGAAAGAGAUGGACCAGAUCCGGAACCGUUCGACGGACACUGAGGGGCUCCAUGAGCUAAGAAAGGAGCUCCGUCAGGCUCGGGAACAGCUGCAGGACAUGGUGGAGGAGAAGGAGGAGCAACACAAGGUCCUACGCUUGCGGGAGAGUGAGAUUGUGGACCUGAAGGAAAAACUCAAUGACGAGAUUGCUUCCCAUAGCCAGGACAUUCAGGGAUUAAAUUUGAGGUUCCAAGAGAAGAUGCAGCAGCUCCAGAAGGACUAUGAGGAAGAGUUUAAGACCAAGGCGGCCCUGGAAGGCGAGAAAGAGGCCAUGGAGCAGACAAGGAAACUGGUGGAGUCCACCCUGCGGGAAAGCCAGGAAGAGAACGAUGACCUUCGCCGUAAGAUCUUGGGGUUGGAGACCGAACUCAAGGAAUACCACCAUUUUGCUGACAGCUGGCAAGACGUGGAGAGCAGGCUGAAGGAGAAGAUUUUCAAGUUGGAGGCUGAUCGCAAGCAGAUGGAAGAAUCCGUCAACAACGCUGUGGAUCAAGAGCAGGACUUGCUGCUGGCCAAGAGGACCCUGGAGAGUCGGCUGGAAGAGGCUCAGCGCAACCUCAAUAGACUCACCCUGGAGCACCAGGACCUGAGUACCUCCUACCAGGAGGAGCUGAAGCAGAAGGAGACACUCAGGAGGGCCAAAAACGAUCUGGAAGAGGAGAAAAGGUUGCUGGACAGAAGCAUCGUGAAGCUGAGCAAGGAGAUGAAGCAGAUGGCCGAAGAAUCUCACCAGGCCCUCUCGGACCUGCAGUCGCAGCUGGAGGAGUACAAGGAGAAGUCGCGCAGGGAGAUCAGCGACUCCCAGAAACAGGCGAAGGACCGGAAUGUGGAAGUGGAGAAGAUGCAGUAUGAGUUGGGGAGAUGCCAAGACGAGGUGCUGCGUCUCAAACAGGCCCUGCAGGACAGCCAGGCCGAGCGCGAGAACGCCGUCCUGGACAAGGAGCUCCUGGCUCAGCGACUCCGCAACCUGGAGCAGGAGAUGGAGACCAAGCGGCGAUCCCAGGACGAUCGAUCCCGCCAGGUCAAAGCGUUGGAGGAUAAAUCCAAGCGCCUGGAAGUGGAGCUGGACGAAGAACGCAACUCGGUGGAGCUUUUGACCGAGAGGAUCAACCGAUCCAGAGAUCAGAUCGACCAACUGCGCGCUGAGUUGCUGCAGGAACGGUCUGCUCGCCAAGACCUGGAAUGUGACAAAGUUGCUUUGGAGAGACAGAACAAGGACCUCAAAAACCGGCUGACCAGCAACGAAGGGCUGCAGAAGUCCAGCGCCAACGUCUCCCAGCUGGAGUCGCGGAUCCAAGAACUUCAGGAGAAGCUCCUGGUGGAAGAGAGGGAGAAAACCGUCUUGCUCUCUUCCAACCGGAAGCUGGAGAGGAAGAUGAAGGAGCUGAGCAUCCAGAUCGACGAAGAGAGGCAGCACGUCAACGAUCAGAAGGACCAGCUGAGCUUGCGGGUCAAGGCGUUGAAGCGGCAGGUGGACGAGGCUGAAGAGGAGAUCGAGAGGCUGGAGGCGGCACGUAAGAAGGCCCUGAGGGAGCUGGAGGAGCAGCACGAGACCAAUGAGCAGCUCCAGAGCCGGGUCAAAGCCCUGGAGAAGGACCUCUGGCGCAAGGCAGCACGUUCGACGGCCGAGUCCUCUCUCCGGGACGACCAGCUGAGUUCGGACGAAGAGUUCGACAGCGCUUACGGCCCGUCCUCCAUCGCGUCACUCUUGACGGAAGGAAACCUCCAAACCAGCUCCUGUUAAGGGCCUCUCAGGGUUUGUUGGGAUGCUCUCUAAAGAUCCCCCGGGAACUUCGCAAAACUCACGGUGGGGCGGGAUCCCUGCCCCACAGGGAGAAAAGGUUUCUUCCCCAAUGGGGGGGGGGGGUCACCGAAGCAACCAACUUCUUGAUUUAAAAAACAAAAUUGGAGGAAAGAUUUUUAUUUUUGGUCGCUACCAGAUGGAAAACCAGAGCCCCAGUCUGUAAAAGAAAAACUUGAGUAUUAUUUAGGUUUUUUUUUUUAAAAAAAAUCUGGUUCUCAGGGCAUUGAUGAGCGGUUAAAAUAACAGAGCCUCCUUUUAAAUAUGUAUAUUUUUUUGUACAUACGUCGGGUUGCAUGGAGAUGGCGACGGGCGUGCAAUUAUAUUGCAGAACAAUCCAGAAUGUUAAAAAUGGGGCCUUGUUGCAUGGAAUGGAAGCCAAAGGGAUUUUCUUCACCCUGGCCUGUUCAAGUCCCUCUGGAAGAAAUAUUUGCGGUUUCCUCAACUGAAUCUUUCCUGCAUUGGCUUGUCUUGUGUUCCCCGCCACAAAGAAAUCUCAACCAGAGGCGGCCUUCCGGAUGUGUCUGAAUCCCAAACUCUCUUCAGACUGCUGGCUGGAGAUCUGGUGGCGGGUAGUUCCGCAGGAUCUGGAAGACGGCUGCCCCUCUCUGAUUUUUCCUGCUCUGUUCUUCUCGUUUUAAAGGAGUGCCUUUCCCUCCUUCUUCCCCAGAAGGAAAAAAAAAGAUAAUUUUCAGUGGGCAACUAGAGGUCACGUAGACCUUCCCACUUAGAAAACAGUGAGCAGUUUUGGCAACCCCCCCUCCCCCCAAGGAGGGCUCUGGCCAAUUCCUGGUGUUUUCCUCCCAUUAAAUCAACCAGGAUUGGGUCGAGGAUGCUGGAGAGUUGCCAAAAACGGAGACGGUUGGUUCCCUAUCCAUUUCACGCUCGUAUCGGUCACAAGAAGCAAAUUCAUGCAAAAAAAAUACCCCACCGCAAUCCAGAUUUAAUCUGCAGUAUGUGCCUCUUUCUGACUUUGGGGUGCGCAUUCUACAGACAACACCCCUUGUUUUUAUGAUUUUGAAAAAUUCAAAAUUUUUCAGAUUCAACUAAUCUUCAUGAAAUCACCAUCCUUGGCACUCGGUCAACGGAAGACUCCGGUUUACAACCGGGGCCCAUAAAAUGCUAUCCGCAAUCUGAUAUUUGGGAACCGAGAAGUCCCAUCAUCCAUUCCUCCAAGCCCAGAGGCUGAUGGGACUCGGAACACCUUCCUCUGAAGACAGUAGCGCAGGUGGUCAUAUCUCCCCGGUUAGAAGGAACGCAACCUUGUUGUGAAAAUAAAACGACACCAGAGCAGAGUCAAAACCCGGUAACCUAUCCGAGAGAGGUGGGGGAGGAAAAAAAUGGAAGGAAAAUAAUAAUAAUAAUCCCCUUUUUUUACAAUUCUCUCCUUUAACUGGAGCCCCAAACCUGCCUUCCUAUAGCAUCUUUUUUGGAGGCAGGAUUGGAUGCUAAAUUGGCCAUUUUUAAGAACGACGCGACUGCAGCAACGAAAUUUCCCUCCGCUGUUUUUCCAGUUCCAGUUGUGUUUUCAGGGCAAAAGAGGCAACCCAUCAGCCUCAGCGCGUCGACAGCUCCUUGGCAUCCCUGCGUGAUCCGGAUUCCUGUCCGGUGAGGCGGGUUUUGAACCCGCCAGUGAGCUGGCAGAGAAGAACGCGGCUGCUUUGCAAAACCCUGCAGCGUUACCCAAUUUAUUAUUUUUUUUUCCAGGGGCUUCUGCUUCCUCGGUUUUUCUCUCUUGGGACCCACCUCAGGUUCCGCCAAAAAUCACCUCUCCAGGCCUCGCCUGGCACCGAGUGCCUUAUUGUCAGUGAGCAAAAGGAAACUUUUUCCUGGGUUUUUCCUGGCCUGGUUGCCCCAGGAACGUGCUCGGAAACGCAACGCAGAUCCGUACCUCGGCACCCAGCCGGUUGAGGGGAUGGAGGGAUGGAGGGAUUCUGGGAGUCUAAAUCCCCAAAUCUUAAAAAAGUUGCUGAGGUUGGACAUCCCCUGAACUUUUAAGGCAAUGCUGGCAAUCCUGCUUCUGCAAAAGUCCACCAAUGAAUCUGGAUUAAAUUUGGAAAUCCCAAUCCGUAGGAAAUAUCGGCGUUUUUCAUCAAGGAGGGAUUUUUUUUCUUUCUUUCGACAAAGCUCAACUUUAUCCACAACUCCGAAUGUUUCAUUUCCUAUUUUUUUUUUUUUAAAAUCAAAUGCCAAUAGUUCGCCGUUAGGGAAAAAAACCCAUCCAAGUUUUGAGCCAAGACGGUGAGAUUUGCAACGGAGCUGUACGAUUUUAAAUAGCUGCUAAUGCAAUCCGGGCUGAAUUUUAAGAAUGGAUCAUUUUUUGAUUUCCUGGAACUUUAUUAUAUAUAUAUAUAACAUAUAUAUAUAUAUGUAUAUUUUCCUGAUCUCGGAUGAAAAUCAAACUCCUUGUAUGUUGAUUUUUUCAAAUAAAAGAGCUAUAUUUAUCGA